AUGCUGCGAUGUAAUAUAUCUCAGCCAGCGCACACUUCUCAACUGCUGCUUAUCUUCCACAGUUUAGUAUGCAUGCUUUAGCGAUCAUGCUGGAGCAAUUCAAAACGGCUGGUAUUCCGCGUGUUGUCUUCAGGGUGGUUUUCGCGUAGCUGAUUCGCCUCUUUUUUUUUUUUUUUGGUGUGCUUGGAAAUCAUCACCAUCGUCAGCGGUAUCCCAUCAACAUUUUUCAAUCCAGUCAAUCUAACCAUUGCCAGUCUAGAAAGCUGCCACCGUUCGUCCCCAGCAAUUACUCGCCAGCAUCAUGCCUCCCGAGGUCAACAGCACCAUGGCCGAAACUACAAAAUCAGUCGCGCAGGAAGACUUGAGAGCCGCAGAAAAGAGUGAUGGUUCAGGCGCGAGCACGGCAAGCAUGAUCGUCUAUGACGACCACGCUCUCGACCGAAAACUGCUAUGGAAGCGGGACGUGGUACUUAUUCCAACUAUGGGCGUCCUGUACAUGCUCCUCUUCCUGGACAGGACCAACAUCGCAAACGCGAGAGCGUUGGGCAUCGGUUCUCCAUCAGGGUUGGAAGCUGCGCUGGACAUGCCUUCGAAUGGUUACAAUAUCGCUCUGGUCAUUUUUUACAUUCCUUUUGUGCUGGUCGAGGUACCGGCCAAUCUGCUCUUGAAUUUGAACCACAUCCCACCUAGGUUCUUCCUUGGGGGCCAGGUGUUUCUUCUGGGGAUACUGGGAAUGUGUCAAGGGCUGACCCAAAGUUAUGGCGGGCUCCUGGCUAUCAGGUUUCUAAUGGGCGCUUUCGAGGCAUCUCUGCCGGCCGGCGCGGCCUACAUGAUUUCCAUCUAUUACACGAAGCGGGAGGCGGCCACCCGCUUUGCAUGGUUCUUCAACUUCGCGUUGGCUGGCCCGAUUUUCUCCGGUCUCCUUGCAUACGCGAUACAGAACCUCGACGGCACUAGUGGAUACCAAGGAUGGCGCUGGGUCUUCAUCAUUGAAGGAUUGAUGACCGUUUUCAUCUCGGUCUUUGUCAUUGUCUUCUGCCCGAACUUCCCCCAACACGCCCAAGCCUGGUUCUUGACGUCUCGCGAGCGUGACCGCCUUGUCGCCCACCUAGAGGCAUCCCGUGGUGCUGAGGCGAAGGGAUCCGCGUCCGACAAUGUGCCGCUGUGGAAAGUCCUGAUCGACUGGCGCGUACAUCUUUUCACGAUGUGCUUUUUCUGCUGCGACAUUACCGCCUCGUCGAUGGCAGCAUUCGCGCCAACGAUUCUCACGCAACUCGGCUGGACGAAUACUGUCGCUCAGCUGAUGACCAUGCCAGUAUGGGGCUCCGGCAUCGUGACCACUUUCGCUUUCACCUGGCUUUCGUCACGCCUCAACUUUCGUGCUCCGUUUCUUCUGCUUUCCAUCUGCUUCCAGCUGGUGGGCUGGAUUAUCGAGCGCGUCUAUGUGCCUCAGGCUGGCGUCCGCUAUUUGGCGUUGUUCUUCAUGUCCGUCGGGACCUUCCCGCAGAUGGCCAUACUGAUGGCUUGGUUGUCGGCCAACCUGAGAGGCCGUAAAUAUCUCGCUGUCGGCAUGGCUUGGAUGGGAGGUUUCGGGAACUGCGCCAAUUUUAUUUCGUCGAAUGUCUUCAUCAAAGCCGAGGCACCUCGUUAUCGAACGGGGUUUACGGUGGGGCUGAUCUUUACGAUUGUCGGUUUCUUGCUCACGACUGCUGGUGCUGCGAUCCUGUCGUUGAAAAACAAGAAGCGGGAGGCUAGACGCGCCGAGCUGGUAGAUUCCGAGAAGGAUAGCUACGACGAGUUGUAUUUUAAGUUUGUUCUUUGAAAUACUUA